AUGGAGGCCGUCCCAGACAUGGACGACCUUUUGGAUGAAAUGGAGGCGAAUUUGGUGCAAGAAGUGAGGAAAACAGAGAAUGUUGCGAAAAUCGAAGAAACCCCCGCUAAAACAGUGAAAAUUGCGAAAUUUUUGCCGAAAUCUGGAUUUCCAGAAGAAUUAGAGGUAUACUUCUAUAAAAUAUUACAUGGAAAAAUGAAUUUCAAUUGAGUUUAUUUGCAGGGGGAAGUGCAAUUAGAAGUUCCGGAGCAGCCAGCGAGUUUUAAACCGAAACCAAUUAUUCCGGAAAUGCCGCAGGAAGAAAUUCCUGCGCCAAAAAUACCUACAACACAACCAGAACCAGAAGCAGACACGGAACUCGAUGAAAUGCUGGAUUAUUUGAACACAUUUGAGGACAAACCCGAAAAGCCUCAAGAUAUUAGAGAAAUCGCCGGUAAAUUUGCGGAAGAUUUUAUGGAAAAAGUGGCGCAAGACUUGGAAGUUGCAAUAACUCAGAAAAUCAAUAAUGUGACAUUUUAUGAGGGUAUGUAUUAGUUUUUAUCACAAAAAAUUUCAACAUAUACUUAUAAAAAUGAAAUGAGAAUUUGCAGUUGCUAUGGAAAUUUUUCUUUUGAUUUGGAUUUGUGGGGCGCAAGAUUUUAUUUGACAAUUUUUUUGGAGAAUCGUAAAGUUUUUAGUGAGAUUUUUGAAGAAAUUUGGAUUUUCUAUUGAAAAAUAUCAAAAGUUUUUGAAUUGAUUUUUCGAAAUUGAAAAUUCGAUUUCAACUGAUGAUUUUUCACAUACUAACUGAUAAUGAAUUCUGAAAAAUUCGAGGAAUUUCACGUGAAUUUUGAACUGGCGGAGAAUUUCAACUUGCAAAUUUUUUUUUGAAAAUUUUUGACGUGAAAAAUUCAAAUUCCAAAAUUUUUAUUAUUUUUCGGUUUGUUUUUUCGAGAAAUUUCACUGUUUCAAUUUUUUUAUAAUUUUUUUUUGAAAUUGGAAGUUCGGUUAAUAUUUUUAUGUAAUCAUACCUUAUAAAACACAAAAUUUGUAACAAAAAUCCAAAUUUUCGCCGAUAUUCUAGCUGUAAACAAUUCCAACUGUAAAUUUUUGCGCGAAAAAUUCAAUUAAAGCAAUCCUGUUAAUAUGAGCAAUCCUUCAAUUCAAUAUGUUUUCUCUCAAACGCUUUUGUUUUCAAAUAUUUUUCUGCAAAAUUGUUGACUGUUUCAAAACAUUUUCCCAUUUUUUUCUAAAAGCAAACAAUCCGAUUUUUCUGGAAAAAUCGAUUUUUAAUAUAAGGUUGACCAUUUUCAUAUUUUUAUGGUCAAACUGUUAUUUUUAUCUCGUGAUUUAAAAAAUAUUGAUAAAUUUAUUUUGAAAUGUUCAAUUUUUUCAGAAUCUUCAAAUUCUGUGGAGGAAAAAAAGGAGGAAGCGGAAAGUUCGAUGGAUCCAGAAACUCAAAAUUUAUCGGAUUCAGAUGAAUAUGUGAUCGGAGAUUCAAUUGACGGUGAUGAUGAAAAUCGCGAAUUGUCUCUGGAACCUGUUAAAAAUCAUGUUGAAAAUUCAGAUAUUUCUCUACAACCUGCUGAAAAUCCUCCAGAAUCAUCUGAAUAUGCAGAAACUACAGAAAAUUCCGGUUCGCUAAUUCCAGAAUCUUCAGAAUCUAGCGAAAUUAUAACGGUUAUCGAAAAAAGUUUGAUUGAAGAAAAAGAACAAAAAACGUGUCUGGAACAAUUGGAAACUGAUAACGAAGAACAAAAAGAAGAAAAAAAAGAGGAGGAGGCGGAAAAUGAAGAAAUUAUUGCUAUUAUGCAGCAAACAGAAGAGGAGGUGAGUUUUUUUGGAGGAAAAAUUGGGGAUUUUCGGGUGGAAAUUAGGACUUUUGGUGUAGAAAACAUGAAAAGCUGACUUAAAAUUCAUUUCAAUUUUUUGCCAAAACAUUAAAGUUAAAAAUCCACGAGGAUUUUUCCGCGGCAAAAGUAUUUUUGUGAAAAAUGGUGUUAACCUGAUCUGUGAAAAAAAUUUAUUUUUUAUCCGAUGUUCCACUAUUUUUUUCCAGAUCCCUGCAAAUUCUAAUCAAAAUUCGGAAGAACAACCUGAAGAAUUGUCGUCUCAAGAAGAAGAGGAAAAUGACAAUCGACCAAGAUUUGAUGUGAGUUUUUUCACUGUUUCAAAAGUUAUUAAUAUAUUUUUCGAAACUUGGAUAUGUUUUUUAACCUCACCCAACUCUGAAAUUUCCAGUCCUCAAUCGCCACAAUCCACGUGCUCCACGACGCCGAUUCCGACGAUUCUCCCAGUCCCCAUCCUCCCCGAGCCCGUCGACUCACAGAAAGCGAACUUCAACUCGGCAAAACUCAACCCUACUGGAUUCCUGAUUCCGAAUGCACAUUAUGUAUGCUCUGCCAAACCAAAUUCACAAUUCUAACCAGAAGACAUCAUUGUCGAGCAUGCGGAAGAGUUCUUUGUGGAUCUUGUUGCUCUGAAAAAGCUGUUCUUGUAUACCUUCAAGAGGAAGGCAAAAAGAAUCAAGCAGUUCGAGUUUGUCAGCGAUGUCAUGGAAUGUUGGAAAGGAUUAGUGAAUAUGAACAAGAGGAACAACAAGAGGAGCCGAAAGGAGUUUUGAAAACGAGGCCUGAUGAUUCUAGUGAGCCUUCAAGCUCAGCAAGCACUCCUGGACCAUCUUCGGGUGCAACAUUGAGAAAAGGUGUGACUUUUCGAGAUGGAGUUCGACCUGGAACUUGUAACAUCGAUGAAGAAGCCAAUUCUGAAGAAAAAAGCAGUGCUCCAAAACCUAAGAAAAAAUCGAGAAAACGAAAUUCGGUUGUGAAACGCUGUGCAGAACUUCGAAUGGAAGAUGAGCUAACUUGUGCACUCCCAAAAAACUCGGAUUCUCGAUUUUUGACUCUGAAAAAUGAGGAGUUGGCUGAACUUGGAGCCCUGGAAAUUUGGGAAAAACUACAGAGUUCAGAGAUUGUGACAGUUGUGCUGAAAAAGAAUCUGAAUUGUAGUCUGCAAAUUGUUGUUCAAGAAGAAAAUGAUGAGAGGUUUUGGGGAAUUUGUAGUGAAGGAUUUGCCCGAAUCGGGUUGGAUGAAGUGUUUUUCGCGUGGGAUUUGAGCCCGGAAGAAUCUAAUUUUUUGACAAAAAUUGAGUCGGAAACUGAGAGUUUGGAGCAAGAAGAGGCGUGGAAAUUGUUGCCCGUGACUGUUUUGCAUAGGAUUUCGGCGGUGAGUUUUUUGGGGAGGGAUUUUUAUUCAAAUUUUCAUACCAGAUAACAUUUUUCAUCUUCUAAAAAUGUUUCAAACCUAAUGAUUGGGUGUGUUUCAAUUUUAAAAUGAACAUUUUUGGAAACAAAUAAUUUUCUGGAGUAUUUUUCUACUGUUUCAAAAAUGAUUUUACUCAGCUUUUUGGAUUCAGACAAACGAUAUUUUCAAAACAAUCCAUCUAAUAAAUAAAACAAUUCAAAAUUAAAAUAGUCAUUUUUUUGAUGAGCAAUAAUUGUUCCAGAUGUAUGCCUCAUCAACGGAUGCAGAAUUCGCCGGUGUUCGCCGUGUUGCCACUCGAUUCUCUCCAAUUCAUACAGUUCCAAUCGCCGCCUUCCCACUUCCCAAAAACAUACUCUUCUUCCGCCCAACCACCCAAGAUUUCUCCAAAUUCCGAACUCCAUCAACACCAUUUUUGGUCGCAUGUUUUUUGCAAGACGAAGAAGUUCAAUGGGCCAACGCGUGUCCGAAUCGAGUUUUGAAUCGACUUGGUUUGGAAUUUGCGAGUUAUCCGAACCCGAUUUUCAAUAAAAUUGGACGGAAAUCUAUGUAUUCAAUGCAAACCGCUUCCACAGUUCUCAAAGUUUUCACCGAUUUUCGAAGUUGGUCGUAUCGUAUGAAAUAUUUAAGCGGAUGUACUGUAUCAUUGACAAAUGAUAAGACUUUGAUUCGAAUUCCGAGAGCAAUGAUUGGAGAGGUGAGCCAUUUUUGCUGAUUUUUUUUAGUUGCCAAGUGAAAUUAUAUUUUCACAUAGAGAAAUUUGCAAUUUUUGAUACCAAAAAACGCCGAGAUUCUAAUAGACCACGCAGAUUUCCUAAAUUAAUCUACGCCAUUUUUGGUUGAAAAAAAUUGAAUUUCAAAGAUAGCUCUCAUUUUAUUUUUCAAAUACAAGAAAACCCAAAACAAUCACUUUGCUCAUUUUUUUCACUGCUAGAAACUCAAAUAUAUUGAUUUUUCAAAUAAUGCCGAAACAAAAAACAAAAUGUUUCAACACACAGCGAUUCAUCAAAAAUCGAUUUGAAACAGUAGAAUUUUUCUUUCUGAAUUUCAAUGUGUUAGCGAAAAACUUCCCAAGUUUAUGUUUUGAAAAUUCCAAAAUCAAAAUUUUUUGCAGCUCCGCGAAGUGAUUAGCUGGAAUCGUUCAAUGAUUGCAUGGAGAUGUGAUAUCUCGCCAACCGAUGAUAGUUUAUUGAUUUGUGAUGAAAAUGACGGGUUUUACACUACUCAAGUGUUUGCGAAACAAGAGGGAAAACGAGAUUGUGAGUGAUUGGGAAUUUAGGUUUAUUUUAUAUGAGCCUGACGAAAAUUUCACGAAAAAUUUCCUAAAUUUUCAGCUACCAGCGCGAAUUUUGUGAUUUUGGAUGGAGGUUCCAAAGUGAAUUCGCUCCAAGUGAAUGUGGUUGAAGACGGUGUAGCAAUUCGGGUUCAAAAUGAGAGACUGGAAACGAUUUUGACAGCGAUGCAGAGUGGAAAUGUGAGCAUUUUUGGGGCUAACAAUGAAACUGAUAAUUAUGAAAAUUAGCCUAGUUUUACCCUAAAAAUCGGAUGUUUAUACUGAAAGGAAGGCCGAAUAUGGCCAAAAAUCACUUGGAAAACUCUAAAUUUUCAUCCCAGAGAACAAAAAAUACCUUAAAUCUCUAAAAAUCUGGUUAAAUAUUCUGAAUUGAUUUUCAUAGAAUUUUGAACAGUGAGAUCUAAGAGUUUCGAUUCGCAACAAAAUUCAGUAGAAAACUCAAAUUUUCACCAAAAAACACCCCAAACUCUCCAAUUUUUUAUUCAGAACGUCAUUGAAUCCUCGAAGAAUAUGGAAUUCUGCAUCGAAUUUUUCGACGACGAUUUCGAACUUCAAUCUGAUUUCCUUCCAAAAUCCGACAUCGAUGGAAGAUGUUUGUUGAACAAAUUUCAAUACGGUUUAUCAUUGGAGCGCGCUUUGACACAAGUGUUGCAAAUUCAGGGAAUUUCGGAUUAUGGAAUCAGAUUGUCGCAUGUUUUUAAUUUGAGUGAGGGAAGAUUGGAACCGGAUGAGGAACCCAAGAUUUAUACGUGAGUUUGAAGUUUGGGGAAAUUCUGGAAAAUUCAUAUUUUUCUCUAAUUUUCAGACUUGUCGAAAUCUCUGCUCGUGAAUGUGUCAUAAUGCUCGAACCAUAUAUCCGACAUCUAAUCGCCACUGAUAUUUCAAGUCUCUCAAUUCGAUUUUUCGUUUCUCAAGAACAAGUUGAAUAUGAUGUUUCGCCUUGGGUUGGAUUGGAAGAUGAGAAUUUGAAGUUUAGACAGAGCUUAGAUCAGGUUGGUUUUUUUGAGAAGGGAAUUGAGAAAAACAAUUGAGAAAACACCAAAAGUGCUAUAUUCAAUUUUUGAAAAAUUGAAUGUGUUUCUUUUUUAUGAAAAAAAAAUCACUUACAAUUAAUAUUUCGUUUUCAAAUUAUCAGAAAAUUAUGAAAUACUACGUCAUAACUUGAAUUAAUUCAGAAUGUGUGAAAACAUUUUACAUUUUUUCCGACUUGAUUUCUGCUGAAUUUUUAGAAAAAUCUUUAUAUUUUUGAUUACCUCUAUAAAUACCUCUAUAAAUUUCAAAUUUUAUUUUAAAAAAUAAAUAAGUGUUGUUUUUCUUGAAAUAACUCAAUUAUUAUUUUCAAGCUAAUUCCAACUCUCUACAAUAUGACUGAAAUAGUGCCAAAUGGUUUUGAAGUCGAAAUGGUUUUAUCAAUUGUCUCAACUAGGCCUCUACCAAUUUAA